GUUGAGAGUGACGUCUUCAUCACUUCUGACGAACUUCUGGCCAUCAUGUGGAAGAACGGCUACUCGGAUGCGGAGCGCAACGCCAUCCAGUUUACGUUUCCAAGCGACUAUAAGUUUCACUACCCAGAGCUGUCUGUGAUGUUCGACAUUCCGGAGGAGGAUACGUAUAAAUUCUGCAUGCGCACUCGCAUGGAGGACAGCCACAUCGGUGAGCUGGAUCACUCCAAGGUGAAACGGGAAGGACUCAUCCGAGACCACUGGCUGAUGUUUGGAACCGGCCUCUUUAUUUUCAAGACCUUCCCUUUCUUCAACUAUUACUUCGGUGUGAAGGUCUUCGGAACCUCCAUGUGGUGCUACACCAUGUGGCACCUCUUGAACCGCAUGGUGGCAAAGACAUGCCGCCGCAAUGAGUACAUGGCCUCCCAGAAGACAGCGCAGGAGGUUAUGGAAGGUGAGGAUGCCAUCGUCGAGUCCAUGCGCAGAUUUGCCAAUGACGCGAAGUGCGUCGAGUACCUCAAGACAUUCAAGGAGGACUCCGAGGAAAAGAUCGCCAAGUACCGGAAGGCACUGGUUUUGAAGAUGAAGGAUGACCUGUCAGAGAGGGCCCAGAAGCAGUUGCAGGCCAUUGCCGCUUUCGAGGCUGGUAUGGGCUCUGCCAUGCAGGAUCUGGUCGUCCGUGAGGCAGCCGCGUCCUUCAAGGAGAAGUUCCCCACGGACAAGGGGAUGCAAGAGAAGGCCUUCGCAGCGGCCGUCAAGUCGCUCUCGGGAGCAACGGUGGAAGCUGCAGAGGACCCGGUCGCCGCGCAUUUCGCCAGCUCGUUCCAGUCCCUGCAGGGAGUGGACCUGGCGACUGCGAAGGCGGACCCGAAGGGCUCCCUGGCCGAGCGCGUGGCUUUCGCGCAGCAGGCCAAGGAGAAAGAGUUCCAGGAGACUUUCAUGGUUUCCGCGAAGGAGGCAGAGGAGGUGAAAGCUCUGGCGAGCAAGGCCAAGAGUGGCAAGGACUACGACUUCUCCAAGCUUCCUGCGGAUGCGUUGCAGCGACUCGAGGCUCUCUACACCAGCAUCAAUGCCAAGGUUGGCUACUCCUUGCCCGAAUCCUUGGGCAGCAAGCCGAUUGCUGCUACGGGCGACAGUGCAGCCAACUCCUACGUAGACAAGGCUUGUGCCAGGGUUUAG